AUGGGUGUAGGCCAACUUGAAACGGUGAAUUUCGCGACGGGAGCUCUCGAUUUUGACGGCAUCGAGCCGGCUCUUGGCAUGGAAUUACUCUCCAUCUACUGGACACGACAGCCACAUGCAGGUUUGGUCGUCUAUCGGACUGUCUUCAUGCGAGAUAUGGCUUGUGGAGGGCCGUAUUUCUCCAAACUGCUCCUAAAUGCCAUGUACUACUCAGCUUCUAAGCACUGUUCCUCGACGGCUAUUCGCCAUGAAGCAAAGGACAUCAAUACAGCCGGGUGGUCCUUCCGGCAGCGUUUCACGGAAAUUCUGCGAGAUCAAUUCGAUCAAAGUCGAAUCACCAGCAUUCAAGCGCUCCUAAUAAUGUCAAGCUCGCUUUUUUCUCGCUGCGACGAGAGAAGUGUCUCCUGGCUGUAUGCAGGGAAUGCAUUCAAUAUGCUCAUUGAUAUGGGAAUCCACGUCCGGCGAGGGACGUCUCGAUCAAUGAGCCCAGAGGAGCUGGAAGUAAGGAGAAGAGUGUUUUGGGGUGCAUUCUUAAUAGACAAAUUGCUCUGUCUCUACCAAGGCAGGCAUCCUAAUCUUCGCCUUUCAGACUCAAAUAUCCCGUUGGUAUUCCAUGACGACUACGAGGAGCUCGAGCAAUUCAACCCCAUCUCAUUUUGCGCCACAGCAGAACCUUGUGUAUUCCCAUCCUAUAAUCUUUCUCUCUUGGAGCAUUUCUGCCGCCUCAGUAUCGUCAUGGAGAGAAUCCACUCUCAAGUUUAUUCCACCAGCCACUCGACACAGCCUUCGGAUCACCUCCCCAAUGAUAUCAAGUUACUGCAGUUAGAACUUGAGGAGUGGAGACGAGAACUACCUCCUCAACUCGAUUUUGUUUCUUGCAAAGCAAAGCUGAGACCGCUGCCCUAUAACCUAGCAAUGUUAGCCACCUAUAAUCUCCUUGUCAUAUUGGUCUUCCGUCUACUCCUCUCCCACACCGGACCUUCACCAGGGUCGCUCGAAAAUGAGGCGCUUGUGACCUGCUGUCGAGCAGCCUCUGAGAUCAGUCAAAUUCUUCGAAUACACGAAAAAUUAUACAUUCUUGGUAGUGAGACCUUUGUGUUAUGCUAUGCGGCUCAUAUCAGCGCAACUAUACAUAUUCAUGUCCUGGCUCAUCAUGGUAAUCAGUUUGGCCAUCGAGAAGCACUCUCGGUGUGUCUUGGAGCACUGGAUAGACACAAGGCGGUAUACUCGUCUGCAAGGAGGGCCGGCGAAAUUCUUCGUCGGCUAAUGGCAGAUAUGGGAGUCGAGGUUGAAGCAGAUGCUGUUGCAACGCCAACAGUCGCCCCGCCAAGAAUAACCGGUGUUCUAUUAGGAUCGGACGAGACCGCAGGUUGGCAGGGAAGAGAUGGUGGAGAUGAUAAUUCUCCUAGCCUAUCCACACUACUUGAACCACAUGGGGAGUUAGGCUUUCCAGAUUUCGACGCCACUGGCAUUAUGGAGAAUUUGCGGGGGACCUCGGGCAUAUCUGAAAGUUGGUUCAAUGUGUCAGAGCAGACAAUGCUCUGGGAUGUUUAUGAUGAUGGACUUUCAUCUACUUGGGACGUAUAA